AUGGCCUUCAUCGCCGUGUCGGAGGCAAAUCGUGUGCGGGAGACAUUUCGCUACGAUGCUGGUCUCAUUGCCGCCAGUGUCGCGAAUACUCCAGAGCAGCUUAUUCCCUCUUCGCAGCUUCGAUCAUCGUCUGAUGCCGUGCUAACGGCACUCGCCCAACUUGCUGUCCUUCGCCUGAAUGCGUCUCGCGCCAUAAUAUCUCUUUUUGACAGCGACAAUCAAUACAUAGUGGCUGAGGCUACGCCGAAACUUUCUCUGAGACCGAAUGCUUCUGCUGCCUCCGUUCUCUGGCUAUCAGGGACGCAUAUACCGCGAUCCUCCUGGAUAUGUAGCUACGUCCUCGGCUUACAACCAACAGACUCAGAUGAAGGAAAAUUGCCCGUGUGCGUGGUGGAUGACCCGUCGCAGGAUGCUCGUUUCUUAGACCGAUCCCUCGAUCGUGACUGGCCAUCAUAUCGAUUCUACGCUGGUGUUCCUAUCUGUACCCGUCAUGGAAUUAAUAUUGGCGUAUUAUCCGUGUAUGAUGACAAACCGCGACAUGGUCUCGACGGUAAUGUCACGGCGAUGAGAGAACUGUCAGCUAUCAUAAUGGACCACUUUGAAACGAAGCGCUCUAGUAUCGCAAAUCGUCUUGGUGAACAUAUGAUUCGUGGUGUAGGCGAAUUCGUCGACGGAUCGACAACUCUGUCCGGGAAAAAUGCCAGAAAAAAGUUCGGAUUACGCAGUAAAGAGUUGAAUGUAAAGAGCGAGCUCGCGUCUUGCAAAGAUAAACCUCCCGAGUUGCUCCCGAGUGGCCAAAUCUCUCCGGCCAUCGCCCUUAGCGUUGAGUCGACUCCCACGCAGUUGUCGCAGUGGCAACGGCCAUUGGUUUUAUCCACAGAUUGGUCUGAGAAAGACAACCCUUUUGGGAAUGGGAAGUUGCCUGUUUCGAUGGCGACAGAGAACUCCAAUGCUUCAGCGACAUCCACAGAUAGACGGAAAGGUCAAAGCUACACAUCUCAAGUGUGGAGCAUUUUCGACAAGGCUUCAACAAUUGUUCGAGAAUCCAUGGAUGUGGACGGUGUUGUCUUUGUUGAGGCGAGGCUGUCAGUUUUUGGUGUACACGGUGACAUUAAUAGACCAUGGGGUCCCAGGGCAAGCGGCUCGGCCUCUUCAAGCGGCGACGAUGUCUCCAUACCAGCUGUCCCAACGAGCCAUGAUGCGGAUGAAGAAGGCUAUGCCGUCCAAAGCUCUCGAAGCGUACUGGCCUCGGACGGUCCUCAGGGUCCCGCUGAUCCUGCUCCCUUUAACCUAUCGGAAAAGCUUCUGCGCAAACUACUUCGACGAUAUCCCAGGGGCAAUAUUUUUAAUUGUGAUGAGUUUGGCGCUAAGCAGUCUAGCGACUGGUCGAGCGAGGAAGCAACAUCAGCAAAUCAUAUUAGCGCACACGGUGGAGAAGAAAACCGAAGGAAAUUGUGCAGCAAUCGCUUCAGAAUGGGGCAAAGUGAACAAGAUAUGCUUAUGAAAAUGCUACCUGGAGCCCGCUGUAUUGCAUUUGCCCCGGUUUGGGACCCCCAAGACCAGCGAUGGUUCGCUGGAUCUUUCGCAUAUACCAAAGCUCGGAAUCGUGUCUUCACUACUCGUGGCGACCUCGGCUACCUUAUUGCCUUUGGAGCUGUCGCGAUGACUGAAGUUUGUCGUUUAAGGGCAACACUGGCAGAUAAUUCCAAAAUGGAUAUGCUGAGUUCCUUGUCACACGAGUUACGCUCCCCGCUGCAUGGCAUGGUCCUUGGCUUGGAAAUGUUACAGGAUACCUCUCUUGAUAUGUUUCAGAAGGACAUAGUACACACCGUGGAAUCUUGCACACGAACACUUCUUGAUACGGUUAACCAUCUACUUGAUUGGACCAAAAUCAAUAACUUGUCGACCAAAAGGCCAGCAAGAAAAAUUGGCGUAGACAUAUCUGGACGAAGCACUGAAAAGCCAUUGGACCAUGAUAGUCUAACAACAAAUACAGCUGAGCUUAACUUAGCUAGCGGAUCGUCUGCUAUCUUGCUUGACGCACUUACGGAAGAAGUUGUUGAAAGUGUAUUUGCUGGUUAUACAUAUCAGCAGCUUACCGUCGCACGCUCUGUCAAGCCUACGCCAAAUGGGGACAAUAGGGACCACUUGCGACGCUUCGAUGGUAUUCAUGCGACCACAGACGAUUACGAAUUCACGCAUCCACAGCAGGUGAUACUAUCUGGCUCCAAAGACAUCUUGGUAAACUUGUGUAUUGACCCUGCGGCAACCUGGUCGUUCAAUACUCAACCGGGAGCGAUAAGGCGAAUUAUAAUGAACCUCCUAGGGAAUUCCUUGAAGUAUACGGCGACAGGCUCCAUCACUGUGCGGGUCAGUCAGAGCUCAGCUCACUCGCAUCGCCUCAACAAUGUACGAACACAUGGACAUGUCCGAACUGUUCGCAUAGUGGUAUCAGACACAGGCCGUGGAAUAUCUGAAAAUUACCUCAAGAACCAUCUCUUUGUUCCAUUUUCACAGGAGGACAGAUUGAGCCCGGGUGUUGGUUUGGGCUUAAGCCUGGUUAAAAGGAUCGCUUCGGCACUCGGGGGUUACGUCCAGGUGCAAAGUAGAGUUGGCCAGGGCACAACCAUUACCGUCAGCCUUCCACUCGAAAAGUCUGCACACUCCAGGGGGCUGACUUUAACUGAAGUAGAGGGAAGUGGAAAGCAAGGUAACGAGGAAUUUGAGACGUGUGUUGGCAAGCUGAGCGGGCUAAAACUCCGUCUGGCUGGAUUUGAUACUGCCACAGAACUUACUAUGAAUGCUGCCAGAACAGCUCAUGGCCAGGUUGAUUUUCGCUCCAACUUGGCCUCUACAUGUCGGAAUUGGCUCGGCAUGCAUGUGCUAGAGUCAGAGGAAGAUAAACUGACCACAGCAGACCUCAUUCUCUGCAACGAGGACCAUUUAGAUGACCUUUCGGAGACGACAACCGGCACAUUUACAACACCGGUGGUGGUCAUUUGCAGAAACAGCCUUGUAACGCGUGACUUGGAAAUGGAGUGGAUGAAGAAUAUAGCCAAUGGGAAACUGUGUGGACUCCAGCUAGUGGAUUUCAUCUCUCAGCCAGCUGGGCCCCGGAAGCUUGCAAAAGUAUUGGCGUCCAGCCUGCAGCGGUGGCAAAGCAGCUCGUCGGCCAAAAUAUAUGCUCAAUUAACGCCUCCAGAAGAGCUGGACGAAGCUCGGCUUCCCCUGUCCGACCUAAGGAUUGAAAGCGGCUUUACGGGCAUGAGGUGCGGAGGUGGCGAAACAGACGAAUCCCAUAUGAAACCAAGUUCGUUGCCGACGCCCCCACAAGAGGAGCAAAAAGUGGCGACGCCGACCGAAUAUCCUAAUAGGAGCAGAUUCCUUCUUGUAGACGACAAUCCCAUUAAUAUCAAGAUCCUAUCCCACUACCUGGAUAAGACGAGCCUGCCUCACGACACAGCCAGGAACGGCAAGGAGGCUGUGGAAGUAUUUAAGAAACAGCCGAAAGCCUACAAGGGCAUUUUCAUGGAUCUAACAAUGCCGGUCAUGAAUGGAUUUGAAGCGACACGGUUGAUUCGGCAGCGGGAAAGAGAGUCGAGAGUACCAGCGUGCUACAUCAUUGCAAUGACUGGAUUAGCAUCAGUGGAGGCACAGAAAGCGGCUAUAGCUAGCGGUAUCGACCUGUUUUUGACAAAACCGGUCAAAAUGGCGGACUUGAAGCAAUUGUUGAUGUCAAAGGGGUUGCUGUAA